AUGGUUGAAUUAUACGCAGCUUUUACGGUACUGUCUAUGGACAAUGGCACUAGAGACGCAGUUAUUAUCACUUUAGCAGGAAUUCUUUCGCACCUCGUCUGGUAUGUGGUGAAGCACAGCUGGAAGGCGUGCUUUGGGAAUUCAGAAACUCAGAAUCCGAAUUCUGAUGUUAGGAACUCGAAGACCGAUAAUGGUGAGCGAGAGUCUGAAGCGACAGCGUCGAAGCUUAAGCAUAGUGAGCCUUCAAAGGCAGUUCCGAACACUAGCCCCCGAGAGAAACUCCACAGCGCACUGCGUGAGUUUAUUAACGGGCGCCCUGAACUGGAACGGUCAGAGCUGCGUAUUGUGGGACAAGAGAACAAGCGGCAAUUAGAGGAGCUUCUCAAGGAAAGAGAUGAUGCUCUUAAGCAACGAGAUCAGUAUUCGAAGAAUUGCGAUGAUGCUUGCAAGGACCGAGAUGAUGCUCGCAAGCAACGGGAUGAGGAUUAUAGGGACCGGGACAGUGCUCUUCAGCAACUAGAUGGGGCACAUAAAAUACAAGAUGACCUCCGCGAGUCGAAACUUGAAGCUGCCGAGAAUUAUAAGGCAAUGAGCGAUAAUCUCUGGGAUAAAACCGAAAGGAAGAUUUACCAAAGUAAACAACGAUACGACGAGCGACUUCGAAAAGCCAUGGACCAGACUGCAGCUAUAAAGGCAGCCUCGUUAGAAGGGAAGUGCGCGAAUUGCAGUGGUAUCCGCAUAGGAGAUAGAUCUAUAACAACAGGAGGUAGUUACUUAACAGCUGCUCUCUACAAGGUGAUGAAUACAGCCGAGAUUGGCCAGGAUGAGGAAGUAUAUGAGAAUUUACAGCAGCUUAGGGAUAAAGCGAGGCAAGAAAUAGGCGUUGUGGUUGACAGAUCUUAUGGGCUGUAUAGCUUGAUGUUAACGUUAGACGGUAAUGUCGAACGAAAUAACACUCUAGGGGUUAAAGGCUUUCAAGGCCUCACAGAGUUCACAGAUUAUAUAGGUGCAGCACUUGAUCAUUUAGUAGAAAGGUAG